CCGGAGCCAAUAGGGAGAGGGGUUGCUCUGGGGUAGCAAGAUGGCAGCGCGCAGGUCUCUGAGGAAAGGGGAAGGGGCCGGGAUGAAGUGAGCCCCGAACCUUUCGGCCUUGAUUGGAAAAGAGGUCGCGACCCGCCGGUCGAGAUCCGGCAUCGGAUCUCGUGCCCUUUCGCCGCUCCAGCUGCGGAGAAGAAGGGCUAUGAGGUGACGGGAAGAUGGCCAGCGACGCGGGGAAGAAGCAGUUUUGGAAGCGGAACGCGUCUCGGGUGCCGGGCAGUAUUCAACAUGUAUAUGGCGCUCAGCAUCCUCCUUUUGAUCCACUGUUACAUGGAAAUUUAAAACAAGGAAACAAGCCUCCAACGACCCCAGGAAAAACCAAGAAAGUCAGCACAUUUCAGGAAUUUGAAAGCAACACGAGUGAUGCCUGGGAUGUAGGGGAAGAUGAUGACGAACUUUUAGCAAUGGCUACAGAAAGCCUCAACACUGAUGUAGUCAUGGAAACGGCUAACAGAGUAAUUCAGAAUCACAGCAAAUUACAAGAGCAGCACAAAUUGCAGGAGGAACAGAUAGAAAGGGAAGAGCCCCAGAAAAUUUCAGACUUGCCUUCAGCUGCGUGUGGUGACAACAGGCUGGUUAAAUCUGUCAGUGAAACAAACGCAUCAAGUUCUGCAGAUAACACUAAUGCAAAUACUUCUGUGCCAAGAUCUCAGUCGCUUCCACAAGCCUCUACAUAUGCACUUACUGGCGGGGUGGCAGAUAAUGCCUCUGGUGUUCAUGUAUUAUCUGAAAGAGAAGCAUUGCGGUUAGAUAAAUUCGAACAGCUUCUUGCUGGCCCAAAUACAAACCUUGAAGAAUUGCGGAAGCUGAGUUGGUCAGGAAUUCCAAAACUUGUACGACCAAUUACAUGGAAGCUCCUGUCAGGUUAUCUUCCUGCAAAUACAGAUAGGCGAGAAGGCACUUUGCAAAGAAAACGGAAAGAAUACUUUGCUUUUGUUGAACAAUAUUAUGAUUCAAGAAAUGAGGAAACUCACCAGGAUACAUACAGACAGAUUCAUAUAGAUAUUCCUCGCAUGAAUCCAGAAGCUUUAAUUCUUCAGUCCAAAGUAACAGAGAUUUUUGAAAGAAUUUUGUUCAUCUGGGCAAUACGCCAUCCAGCCAGUGGAUAUGUUCAGGGCAUUAAUGACCUUGUGACUCCUUUCUUUGUUGUCUUCACUAGCGAAUAUACAGAAGAGGAUUUGGAAAAAUUUGAUGUUUCCAGUCUUUCUAUUGAGGUACUGCAGAAUAUUGAAGCUGACAGUUUCUGGUGCAUGAGCAAACUGCUUGAUGGCAUUCAGGAUAACUAUACCUUUGCUCAACCUGGUAUUCAGAAGAAAGUGAAAAUGCUGGAAGAGCUUGUUAGCCGGAUUGAUGAGCAAGUACAUAAACACAUAGAACAGUAUGAAGUGAAAUACCUUCAGUUUGCUUUCCGUUGGAUGAAUAACUUAUUGAUGAGAGAAGUCCCCCUGCGGUGUACCAUAAGGCUUUGGGACACAUACCAGGCCAGUCCUGAUUUUUUUUUUCAUUUUGAGUUAUUUAUGAGAUGUGACUUUUGGAUAAGACAUCAUAAUGAAAUAAUAGAGAAGAAAGAUAUGAAGGAACUACUAAUCUUUUUACAGAAUUUGCCUACGAUACACUGGGGAAACGAAGACAUCAGCGUUCUCCUUGCUGAAGCCUACAGAUUGAAGUUUGCAUUUGCAGAUGCUCCGAACCAUUACAAGAGAUAAAAAAAAAAAUUACAAAGUGUGGCUCUGAUUGUGAUAUCAAGUUUACAUAUUGUGGUUGUGCUGGCACACAAUUGUCUACAGUUUCUAUAUUACUGUUGAGCAAGAAGCUAUUGGAUUACCAAAGAAAUGAGAGUACAGGCUUGGGGAAAAUCUUGUUGUACUUAAAAAAGAAAUAUUCUUGUUCAUUGAUUAAAGAAAAUUAAAUUUUA